GCUGCGUGCUGAAGAAUCUUACUCGAUUUAUGUUGUUUGUCCUGAACGGAAUUUGUUUGUAUCGAUUAGUAAAUCAUUUUAUACAACAGGUACUGACUUUUAGUGGAUAGUCUGUUGAUUAGAGUGCCUAUACUGCUAAUUAUAAUGGGUGAUUCUGAUAGUGCCGAGCGAAAAAGACAUGCUAAUGAUGAAUCGGAUGACGAAGAAUGGAUAGGUCCACUGCCGUCAGCAGCAGCUCCACCGAAAAAGCGGAAAAUUCUAGAAUAUGAGAAAUUGUAUAUAAGUAACUUGCCUUCGACGGAAUGUUACGAGAAGUCAUUUAUGCAUCGCGAUACUAUUACACAUUUGGUAGUUACGAAAACGGAUUUUUUAAUAACUGUCAGUGUAGAUGGUCAUGUAAAAUUCUGGAAAAAAAUGGAAGAAGGUAUUGAGUUUGUGAAGCACUUUCGAAGCCACCUGGCUCCGAUAAACGCAUUGGCAGUUAACUCGACUGGAUCGUAUCUUUGCACGGCUUCCGUUGACAAGAACGUAAAAGUGUUUGAUGUGAUCAAUUUCGAUAUGAUCAAUAUGUUGAAACUUGACUACGUCCCAUACAGAGCCGAAUGGAUUCAUAACACUGGAGAUGCUAUUGCUUAUCUGGCUGUCGCUGAUCAAGACUCUUGUAAAAUCUUCGUCUACGACGGAAAAGGUAACAAUACUCCACUCCAUCUGUUGGAAAAAAUGCACAGUAAACCGGUGGUUCUUAUGAAGUACAAUCCAGUGUAUGAGUUAACUAUUUCCAUCGAUAAAAGUGGAAUCCUGGAGUACUGGUUGGGAGCACGAAGCGAUUUUAAGUUCCCUUCGAAGCUCGUGAACUUUGAGUCUAAGCUGGAUACAAGUUUGUACGAGUUUGCCAAAAAUAAGACGAUCGUCACUUCGCUGGUUUUCUCGCAGGAUGGAAAAAAGUUUGCAACAAUUUCGACAGAUAGGAAAGUGCGAGUGUUUGGAAUGUUGACAGGAAAACUACUCCGGGUAUACGACGAGAGUCUGGCACGGUACAGUGAAAGUCAGCAGCUUUCACAGGCACUGUCAAAUAUGGAAUUUGGCCGAAGGAUGGCAAACGAACGAGAUCUGGAAAAAUCUGACUCGUUCAGUUUGAUUAACAUAGCUUUUGACUAUAGUGGGCAUUUCAUUUUGUAUCCAACAAUGCUCGGGAUAAAGUUGGUCAAUAUUGAAACGAACAAAUGCGUCAAAAUUAUCGGAAAAAAUGAUAAUUUGCGACCGUUGCAUCUAGCUCUUUUUCAGGGGCGUGUCAAGAAUUCCAAAGCUGCUAUAACACUAGAACAGGAAGCGUCGGAUAAUCCUGCCUUGCAAGCAGUGGUAAAUGAUCCCACUCUUUUCUGCACGGCGUACAAAAAGCAACGGUUCUACCUGUACAGUCGAAGAUUACCAUCCGAUUUGCAGGAUGCUGAUCGUGAUGUGUUUAAUGAGAAACCAUCAAAAGAAGAUAUUAUUUCCGUUACUGAAGGACAAGGGCCACAAAAAAUAUAUGACCACGCCGUCAUUCACACAACGAUGGGUGAUAUCCAUUUACGAUUAUUUGGCAAAGAUUGUCCGAAAACAGUGGAAAAUUUUUGUGUACACAGCAAGAACGGUUACUACAAUGGACACAUUUUUCAUCGUGUCAUCAAAGGUUUCAUGAUCCAAACUGGUGAUCCUACCGGUUCUGGAACAGGAGGGCAGUCGAUAUGGGGCGGCGAGUUCAAGGAUGAGUUCUGUUCUACGCUAAAGCAUGACCGGCCGUACACGAUGAGUAUGGCAAAUGCCGGGCCGAACACCAACGGAAGUCAGUUUUUCAUAACCGUUCUGCCUACCCCCUGGUUAGACAACAAGCACACAGUGUUCGGCCGUGUGCACAAAGGAAUGGAGGUAGUUCAAAAUAUUUGUAAUAGUAAAACGAAUCCCAAAACCGAUAAACCGUACGAUGAGAUUCGGAUAAUUUCUAUCAAUCUUACCUAAACAGGAAAUUUUGCUUAAUAGAUGUAUGUUUGUAUUAUUUAAAUCUGUUAAUAAAUUACUACACUUGACUGUAA